ACUUGACUCAUCUGUGUUUCACAGCUCUUCCCUGAUAGACUGAAGAAGAACAGAAGCCCCUACGAAAACUGAAGAGUGGAGAUUAAAGGAGCCUAUUCAAGCUGACUUGGACUGAAGACAUGACCAAAGAGACUGAGACUCUGGGACUGGUCUUUCAGAGCGAGAACUUCAGCUAUAACAAUUACUCAAACUACGUCAUGGACUCCUGGGCUUAUCUGGAUAACUCCAUAACUGAGCCGAACCCCUCAAAAUCCAGAUUGCCUGAAGAGCUAACAGCCCUCUCGAUGUUUUAUGAACAGUGCAAGAGCCCAAAGGUGAACGCUGCCUGCAGCCGCACAGGCAAUGUGUGCAAAGUAACAGAGAGGAGUCUGCCCCAGACCAAUGAGAUUCCUCCACUGGACACGUCCUCUAUCGCCAUGAAGAUUCUCUCUGACAACCUUCCCAUCCAGCCCAGCAACGUUUUGGGAUCUAAGCAGACCCCACCCAUUUCCGUUUCUGCCACCUCAGAAACAUACACCUCGCUGACCAGUGUUGUGGAAAAUACUUAUGACAAACAGGAGCUGAGCAACUUUUUUGAAUUGCUGCAAAAGUGGCCCGAGAACACUGCUUUCCCUGACCCCAGCACUGAGAAUCUUCCCUACAGCGAUGCCUUCCCUGAAAACCAUUCCAGCCCAGUCUACUCCCACUCCUACACCAGUUCCCCAUCUGAGAGAUCCAGGAGUGAGUUCCAGUUUUCUCUCGGGGCUCCUGCAGCUUCUUCUCACAAGCCCAGCGAGCUCCCCAUGGUGUAUCUGAACAAGGGACAAUUCUACCCCAUCACUCUCCAUGGGGUGGACAGCAGCGCCUGCCUCACUGCCACCAAAGUCAAGACGGUGGUGAUGGCUGUUUUUGAGAAUGACAAGAGCCCAGAAAUGCAACUGCGCUUCUGGAAUCACUGGCACGGACGCCAGCCAACCGCCAAGCAGAGGGUCAUUGACAUCGCGGACUACAAGGAAGUGUUCAGCGGCAUUAGCAAUGUUGAAGAAGUGGCCUUCAAUGCUCUCUCUUUUGUGUGGAACCCCAGCGAGGAAGCCAAGGUGUACAUUGGGAUCAACUCCCUGAGCACAGACUUCUCCUCUCAGAAAGGAGUGAAAGGCCUGCCCCUGAACCUUCAGAUCGACACUUACGACUUAAGCUCAGGAAACAGCCACAUGAUACACAGAGCUGCUCUCCAGGUCAAGAUUUUCUGUGAUAAGGGUGCAGAGAGGAAGAUGAGAGACGAGGAGAGGAAGAGAUCCAAGAGGCGAGGAAAGAACACUAAUGAUGCUAAAUCUUUAGUAAGUAGCUCAAUAGGCAACGAGUGCACCUUCUUCCAGACCCUGGAUGACCAUGUGAUCCAGCCAGUUCUCUUCAUUCCAGACACACACCUGUCCAGCUUACAGCGCAUGGCCACUCCCAUGGAUGAUUCGGAAAGGAGUUCUCAUAAGAGGCUGUAUCCAGACAGAGACCAGACGAGCUCCCCAACCAACAAACAAGCUCGCAAAGAAGACGCACAGAGAGUUCUUCUGUACGUGAGGACAAACUCUGAAGAGGUAUUUGAUGCCCUCAUGCUCAACUCGCCAACGCUGUCAGGCUUGCGAGAAGCUAUUUCAGAAAAGUACGGCCUGCAAAAAGAAACCAUCGGGAAAAUCUACAAAAAAUGCAAGAGAGGGAUCUUUGUCAACAUGGAUGACAACAUCAUCCAGCACUACACCAACCAGUCGGCAUUCCUCAUCGACGUUUCCGAGUUGGGUAACGGUCAGUUCCAGGUUACUCUUGUUGAAGUAUGAGAAGAAUCAGCCACCCACUCUGCUGAAGGAUGAAGAAAUAAAGAUGCCAGUUUGAUCAAUUUCUUGAAGCACUGCCUGAGCAGACAGAAUGUAGGAUGUGGACUGCCAAAAAGCCAGAAGAAAACUGAAGUGAAAGCCCAGUUUUCUUACUUCUGCCUAAAAUGUUGUACAUAUCAUUCUUCUCCCCCGUUCUUGUGAUUGUGUUAACGUCAGAGCAACAAUGCUCAGCAGCCCUUUAUGUAUUUAAUGUAAAUAGGUUUUAAUAAGACAGUGUUGUAUGAGCUAUCUGUGUACAUAUAGAAUAUCAGUUUCCAUAAACUGCUAUGUAUUUCAUUUUUAUUGAAAGAGCUCCGUGCAUGAUUUGUGCACAGCAUUUUUUUUAGCAUUUUUAUAGGUUACUAUUCUUGCUGCUUGCGAUGUACUCGUCAUUUCUUCUAUAAAAACCCAAUGGUGCGUUUUUUUCUUACUCUCAGUCUGCUGUCACUAUUUUUUUUACUGCCAAAAGUAUCCUCCUCUAGGUUCCUGCUAGUUUCACAACCAAGAUCACCCAGCACUGGGUUGCAUUCAGAACCUAAAGUCAGACAUUUCCACCCUUAAAACCACACAUGAGUUAGUAUUGGUCAUCAUUUAGCCUCUAAAUUGUGGACAUUUCCUGACUAUAUGGUGAAACCACAGAGUUUUUUUUUUCUGGAAACACUUCAAAAACACCCUAAACCCAGCCAGAGGAUUUUCACUGUGUGCAUGUAUAUGCAUGUGUAAAAACUUGUUUGUUUCUUUAUACAUUAUGCAUCAUUUCAAAGCGUGCAUGUAUCCCUGCGUUAUUUCAUAAUUUUACAAUCUGGUUAUGUUGGUCAUGCAUUGGCCCUUUUGUAUGGAAAUAAAGAAAAUACAUAAGA